AUCCGUCCACCCCCCAAUCAUUCUGGACACUUCCGGCCCUCUUUAUUAAAAUUUCAUUUCAUCAUCCCAACCGUAAACGCUCAGGGAAACUGAAAGCAGAUACCAGAACGUCAAACGGCGGUGCUCUCAUCUCAGAGAAACACGUCUCUUGCUUCUUUGUAGAUUCCCGUACUCGGUGAAUUGGAGUUCCAGCGUUCACGGUCAUGACGUCCAAACAGACUUACCGAGUAUGCUUCUGCUUCCGCCGGCGGUUCAAGCUGACCGUGUCGGAGGCGCCGGAGGAGAUCAAGACGCUGUUCGAGCAGUACUCGGAGAAUGGGAUCAUGAGUGUUGAUCAACUUCGGAGAUUCUUAAUUGAGGUUCAAAAAGAGGAUAAAGCCUCCAGAGAGGAUGCUCAGAGUAUCAUCAAUAGCGUCAAGCAUUUUCACCGUAAUGGUCUCAAUCUCGAAGGUUUCUUCAAGUACCUGUUCGGUGAAGAUAACCCUCCUCUCUCUCCAUCUCCUGCGGUACAUCAUGACAUGGCUGCUCCACUGUCUCAUUAUUUUAUAUAUACUGGCCAUAACUCCUAUCUUACGGGGAAUCAACUUAGUAGUGACUGCAGUGAUGUACCCAUCAUAAAUGCUCUUAAGAAAGGCGUGAGAGUCAUAGAGUUGGAUAUAUGGCCUAAUGCCACAAAAGAUAAUGUGGAUGUUCUUCAUGGAAGGACUUUGACUACUCCUGUGGAACUUAUUAAAUGUUUGAAGUCUAUCAAGGAGUAUGCCUUUGUUGAAUCAGAAUACCCGGUUGUUAUAACUCUAGAAGACCAUCUUACCCCAGAUCUUCAGGCCAAAGUUGCACAGAUGGUCACUCAAACUUUUGGAGACAUACUGUUUUCUCCUCGCUCAGAAUGCUUAAAGGAAUUCCCUUCACCGGAAUCGUUGAAGAGACGGAUUAUUAUAUCAACCAAACCACCAAAAGAAUACCUUGAGGGCAAAGAGCUUAAAGAUAAAGAAAGCACUUCAUUGAAGGGAAAGGCUUCAGAUGAUGAAGAAGCUUGGGGGAAAGAAGUUCCAGACCUUAAAGUCAGUAGUGUAGCUGAAAACAAGGUUGAUUUGGAUGAAGAAGAUAAAAACGAUGAUGAAGAUUUUGAGGAUGGAGAUAAGACACAGCCUGUAGCACCAGAAUAUAAGCAUUUGAUCGGUAUUCCUGCUGGGAAGCCGAAGGGUGGAUUGGAGGAUUGUCUAAGGGUGGAUCCUGAUAAAGUUAGACGUCUUAGCUUAAGUGAACAGAAACUUGAAAAGGCUGCACUAACUCAUGGAAAACAAAUUGUCAGGUUCACCCAGCGUAAUUUGCUUAGGGUGUACCCCAAGGGUAUACGUGUGGAUUCAUCAAACUACAAUCCAAUGAUUGGGUGGAUGCAUGGAGCUCAAAUGGUUGCAUUUAAUAUGCAGGGUCAUGGAAGAUCAUUGUGGCUGAUGCAUGGGAUGUUCAAAGCCAAUGGUGGGUGUGGUUACGUGAAAAAACCUGAUUUUCUAUUGAAGGCUGAUUCAAAUGGUGAGGUAUUUGAUCCAAGAGUGAGUUUACCGGUAAAAAAAACUUUAAAGGUAACUGUGUAUAUGGGAGAAGGAUGGUAUUUUGACUUCAAACACACACACUUUGAUGCAUAUUCCCCCCCAGAUUUCUAUGCAAGGGUUGGUAUUGCUGGGGUUCCAGCUGAUUGUGUGAUGAAGAAAACAAAGAUUUUAGAGGACAACUGGAUCCCUGCUUGGAAUGACGAUUUUGAGUUCCCUCUCACCAUUCCAGAACUGGCUCUGCUUCGGAUAGAAGUUCAUGAGUAUGACAUGUCUGAAAAAGAUGACUUUGGAGGCCAAACUUGCCUGCCUGUUUCAGAGCUAAGAAGAGGGAUCCGAGCAGUUCCCUUGUACAGUCGCACAGGAGAGAAGUACAAAUCUGUUAAGCUCCUUGUGCACUUUGAUUUCGUUUAAUAAUCUCAUGAAGCAGCCAUCAAACUGCGUGAUGUUAUUCUCAUAUGCAGUAUUUUAAUUCUUGUUUGCUGUGUGAUACACCAUAAUAACAGCUGCUCUGCAGUUUGUGGGAGGUUGUGGGAAACUGGCUGUGUUUGCACUUAGUAAUGCAAGGAGCGGUGAGAAAUCUUAUUUUAACAUUGUUCUACUUCAUAUGUAAAUAGGCACACUGUAUGAUUUCUUUUUUCCCCCGUUAAGUAAUCUUGGCUUUCUUGGUUUGAUUGCACAAAACAGUUUCUUGUUAGUUUCCAUUUUCAGGGCAAAUUAAUGUAGAAAAGCAUC